GAGAGAGGGGGGAGAGAGAGAGGAUAGAGCUGGAGUCGUUGCAUUCCUGUCGCUUGCUUCUCUCUCGAGGUCAAGUUUCGAAGUCGGCCCGCAACUCUGUUUUGGCAGCGAGAGCCCAGACUGUCGAUUUGUAGUUGGAUUGAUCCCGAACCCAUUUUCUCCGAUGGGAAAAAGUGAUUCUUGUGCCAAAAGUUGUGAUCUUUGAUGGAAUUCGGUUUUCUUGUGCGAUGGAUCAUGUGUGAUUGUUGCUGUUGGGGAUUUGAUUUGGCGAGUACUCCGCGCGUCGUUGGUCGGUUGGUUGUUUGAUUAGGGUUUCUUCUUUUUUGAGGAAAUGAACUUUUGUCAUGCGCUAAAUAUACUAUCUUGGUUACUGGAUCGCUUUCCCACGCUGUUUUGGGAAUGCGAUCUGGAUUUUUGUGUUAUUUCGUCAAUCGAACUAGGUUUUCUUUGGAGGUUCAGGAUUGUAUAGCUUUUGCUUUUAGUAGCAGCCUCAAGAACUACUAUGUUUUGGGAAUAUUUGAGUCUCUAGGUUACAUUUUGCUAAAUGAACUUAAGCUCAAUUCUAUUGUGGGGAUGCCAUGGUGCAAGUAGCAGACAAUCCUGAAGAAUAAAAAAAGACUACGGUGGAGUAGUUGGGAAGAAUGAUUAUAUUAGUUAUGUAAGUUGCUAUCAGAUAUGAGAAUGUUAUAGAUCUCAAGACUCUCAGCGUAUUCACAGACUAUAGUUGUUAUUAUUUUUUUUUUUUUAUGAACACAAACAUUAUUAUUUGUCACCAGUGGCAGUCAGAGCUCAGUUCUCUUCAAAUAUAUAAUUCCACUAAUUUAAGAAUUUUUGCCACUGAAAUUCUCUAUUGAUAAUACCACAGUUUGAAGGAUCGGGAAGAAGCGAUAAGGGAGGGGGUAAAUAUCGCUCGUUAAAACAUUUUCUUUUUGUACCGAUUCGUAAAACAAGAAUCAAAGCGGCAGCGGAAUAUAAAAGUAAAAACAAUGCAGAUGACUCAGAUGGUUACUCGGUUCAGAUCCUAUGUUGACUCUUACUCCAAGACCUGCGAUCCUUGAUCGCACCAUUGGGCAAUCCACUAUAAUUCUUCUUUCCGAAAUCUUUUGUAAAGAAGCAAUGCGUACAAUAUAAAGAAUGUAAGAUAGUAGAACACUACUAUCUUUUGGAAAUUAAAACAAUGCAAGCUUUAACUAAAGUUAUAUCGUCACUAGGUAGAAGAUGAAGCUCGGUCUACACUUAUGAAUGGAGCAACUUGCUUGUGAAGAUGAAGCACAAAAUAGCAGAACGAACAAGAGCUUUGCACACUUGAAAAAUGAUGCCUUAUCUCAGACCUUGAGCUUUGCUUAUAUAAGCUUUUAUCAGUCGACUGAUAAACCGUUCAGUCGACUGAUCGGUUCAGUCAACUGAACCUCCUAGCGGUCGACUGAACUGCUUUAUUUCCUUCUUCGUCGAGAUCUGAUCUUCGUGCAAUUAUGAGCAAUUAAUGUUUGGUCGAUUGAUCCUCUUGAUCGGUUGACUGAUCAGUACAGUUUCCUGUUCGCCGAGAUUCUUUAUUAAUGAGCCUUUAAUUGCAUUUAAUGUUUGGUCAACCAAUCCCUGGGUUCGGUCAACCGAUCAGGCUGGCUUCCAACUUUGUUUUUGAUCGAUCUGAUCCUUGCUACGUUGACUUGUUUCGGUCGACCAAUCUGUUGGUUCGGUCGGCCGAUCAGUCAAUAUACCAACUUUGCUGUUGACUUGAUCUCUGCUUUAUAUCAAGCUGGUUUGGUCGACCAAUCCAUAGGUUCAAUCGACCGAUCAUGCUGAAUCUACAAAACAAAAUUAAGAUAAAUACUCCUGCAACAGUAAUAUAAGAUGCAUGAGUAGUAAAUGACAGUAGAACUGUCUUGAUCUCAACUUAGAAACCUUCCUAGUUUCUUCAGUUGGAUCAACGACCUAAGGUUUAUUUCUUUGCGGAACACAUCCUCACUGUUGCUCUUCUCCAGUUGCUUACCUCAACUUACCUGCCAAACAUUGGUCUUCCAAACUUGUUUGGACUUUUGCCACUUAGCAUCAGAUCGGCUCACCGGCACUCUCUCGAUCUUCUGUCCUCCAGACCUAUCGAGCUUAUCUGCCAAGUGUCGGGUCCUCUCGACCCACUUGGGCUUUUGCUUGACCUUCAUGAACUGCUAAGACUUUCCCGGUCGAGUAAACAUCCUGCACACUCAGUUAACUUGUUAGAUCACAACAAGACUUAACUUGAACUUUGACAACAUCAAAACUCAGGUUUGAUUCUGGUUCACCAACACAGUGAACAUUGCAUGAGACCAUGUAUAACCAUUGAUCCGUUUUGUAUUUGACACACUUCGCAUUGAUUGCAAAAUUUCUACAACUGAAAUGAACUGAAAGAUAAAAGAAGGCAUUCCUGCUUUUUUUUAUUUCUUCUUUUUAAGAGAGGGUAAAUUUUAUUGACCAAAAUAUUUCCUGUUUAGUUCAGGAUCUGAUUCCUAUAGGAAGUUACAUUACUUAGUUGCUCUGCUCACAAACCUUCUGCUGUUUACAUUUUGACUCUUAUUGUAAAUGGUAUUUUCUUGAAAACAAAAUUCUAAAUUUGUUUAUAUACUUAUUGUUCUCUUAUCAUUAUUUAGUUGUUGAUUCCAGAAUUUAUACUGGGUUAAUUCGGUGAUAAUAUGAUUUUCUAUUACAAUUAUUGUGAUUUAGCUGAUAUGUUUGAUUUGUCUAUUUGGCAACUCCCUUUCCACAGUAUUAUAGGGAAAACUAUCAUAAUUUAUUUUUAGUUAAGAAGAUUAUAGAAGUAUUAGGGAUCAGCUUGAAUGACUUUUCACAUUUGGUCGACACUAUGUUCAAAGUAAAAAAGUUCUAUUUUAGAUUGGACAUGCGUCAAAAAUGAACUUUUCAACUCCAAGAGAUGACUUAAGGAUGUUGUGAGUUUGUUACUUCAGCCUUUAGAGAACAUCCCCAUUUUGAUAGAACUCUGUUUAUUGACUAAUUUAUUCCAAUAUUCUAAUUAUCUAAGGAGCUUAUAUUUGCCUUCGCUUAUUGCUACUUUGUGUUAUAUCAUACAAAUUGUUGCAAGUAUUUUGCGACUGAUGGACUGCUAUCUGGAUGUCUUUGUAUUGUACACCAGUGCAACUUAUAUAUUCUUUCUCAAUCUUUCCCUGCUUUUAGAUGUUGUCCGUCUCAUUUUCUAUGAACAUACAUCCAUAUUUAGGAGGCUUAAAUGGCAUAUGAAGAUAAAAUAAUGGCUAGUCAUUGCUCUUCUCCAAAAAUCAUGGCACCAGAUAUCUCAAAUCCCAACAAGGUAGUUUGCCCAGAUUCAGAACUAGACCCAGUUAAUCCACUUAACCUGCAAGCAGGGUCCUUGCAUGGACCUGUGGCAAUCUUUUGGGAUAUUGAGAACUGUCCUGUUCCAAAUGAUGUUCGCCCUGAAGAUGUUGCUGGGAACAUUAGAAUGGCAUUGCGGCUGCACCCUGUCAUUAGAGGAGCUGUGACAAUGUUUUCUGCUUAUGGGGAUUUCAAUGCCUUCCCUCGAAGGCUAAGGGAAGGCUGCCAAAGGACUGGGGUUAAACUAGUAGAUGUUCCAAAUGGGCGUAAAGAUGCUGCUGACAAAGCUAUCUUAGUUGAAAUGUUUCUUUUUGCACUUGAUAACCGACCACCAUCAUCAAUCAUGCUAAUCUCUGGGGAUGUUGAUUUUUCUCCAGCUUUGCACAUACUUGGUCAGCGUGGUUACACUGUAAUCCUUGUAAUUCCUUCUGGAGUUGGUGUUUCCUCAGCGCUUGUUAAUGCUGGGCAAUUUGUUUGGGACUGGCCUAGUGUAGCACGAGGUGAAGGUUUUGUUCCUGUGAACUCUUAUAUGCCUGGUGUUACUGAUUUCACUCCAUGUCUUAGUAGUUAUGACAUAGGAGAGAUCCAAAAUAUUCAGAAUGACGAGGAGGCAAUUGUUUACAGAGGAAUCUCUCAACGUGAAUAUGGUAGGGAAUCAAAAAUUGGCCGAGACUUUUGCCACAACUCUACCUAUACAUCUGGAGGGCUUGGUAAAAAUUCAUAUUCAUUGAAUGAAUACAACAGCGGAAACUUAGUUGGCGGGUCUUUUAUUUCAUCAAGAUCUCAAAGCCUACCCUCAGGCUUAAAUGAAGGUGCGGGAGUAGAUCACAAUGCCAGCAAACAAGCAUGGUGGGUUCAGCCAGGGGACCUUCAGGGUCUGAAGGGUCAAAUAGUGAAGCUGCUUGAGAUGUCCGGUGGGAGUAUGCCUCUUGCACGUGUUCCUUCAGAGUAUCUAAAGUUCUUUGGCCGACCACUCUAUAAGGCAGAGUAUGGAGUAUGUAAGCUGGUGCACCUCAUUGAGAAAAUGGCUGAUUCAUUAUUUGUGGUGGGCAAGGGACAUAACAAGCUGUUGUGCCUACGCAACAGUGAUGCAAGGAGGUUUCCUGUAAGACCAUCUACGACGAUGAAGGAUAAGAAGGGAAAACAAGUAAUAGAGGAAAACAUGGAGUUAAUCACCCCUCCUCAUUCAGGUUAUUCAUCUGAUGAGUUCUCAGACGAAGAGAAGAAUGAUGAUCAUCUUUUAGGUGCUGAUGAGUUUGUGGAUCAACUUCAAUGUAUUAGACAAGAAGUACAAGAGCUUCUCAUUUGUUACUCAUGUCCAGUUCCCCUUAGUGCAUUUCAAGCUCUAUACAAGCAGCGAUACAAGAAGGACGUCGACUUGAGAAGCUUUGGAGUAGAUAGUCUGGAAGAACUAAUGGGAAAAAUAAAAGAUGUUGUGGCAUUGGUUGUGGAUCAAGCUAGCAAGAAGUUGUUUCUUGUACUGAACUUUACAAUCGGAUGAAAUCAAAGGUUUGCGGUUAGUCAUCUCGAUAAUUGUUAUCAUAUCAUCAAUCUGUAGGCUGUGUUCGGCUCUACAUCAGCUGGUCAUCUUCCCUUUUUCUUUUUUCACAAACACUCCGGUUAUGCACUUGUGCUUCCUCUCCUCGCCUAUAUGACACCUUUUCUUCUAGUGUCUGUAAAGUCUGCGAAGGUGAGGAAACUACAUUUGGUGCGUGUAUUAGUUGAAGAAGCUCCUUAUUUUUCAUGAGCUCUACUGUCCCCCCUGUUUGUUGUGUACUCUUGGCAAUGUGAAGAAGGGGAAUGAAAAAAAGUAGAUUUGUUGUGUUUUGAAUUGCUUUA